GAGAAGAAAUGUACUUUUUCUUCUGAUAGAAGAGAAAAUUACGCGAAAUUCAAUUGCUAUUCCAAUAGACAUGUAACAAGACAUUGUAAUAAUAAUGAUGUUAUUUUUCAUUCCAUGGAAACAAUAUUGGAUACAAGAAGGAUAUAUUAAUUGUCGUAGAAUUUCCACCAAAAUGUGUAUUUACAUUCCGGAAGUGGAUAAAUCAUUGGGCAUAGGUAUACAUACCAACAAACAAUGAUGUAAAUGAAAGAAAAGUGGAGGGAGUGAAAGGAUAGAACAUACAUAGAAAUAGAAUAAAAAGAAUAAUGGAAGCAGCAAAACAUUUAUAGCAGUUUCGGUACCUUUUAUUUAGAUACGUGAAUUAAUUCGUCAAAAAAGAUUUAUACUUCGAAAAAUAUAGGAAGGUAGAAAAAUGUUGCAGAGUUAUGUCCGGAGAUUUGGUGAUAAUAAUAUAGUGUAAGAGAAAAAGGUACAAAAACGUGUAUGUAUGUAUGUAGGAAGAACGCCGUCAUGAUUUGGAUCGUAAACGAUCGGUAGCCAAUUUUUGAGAAAAAUUAAAGUACGCGUACACGAUCGAUAUAGAUCAGUAAGCGGAAUAAAAGCGUCGUUUUACUUUUAAAUACUUGAAUAUUUUUAAAGAAAGUGUAAAGGGUUAAAUAAAAGUUGAUAGUGUCAGAAAGAAUGAUUCGAGAGGAUUUCAAUCUCGCGAAAAUACAAAUUCAAUGAUUAUCUGAUUAAUAAAUUGGAUGAAUCUAUCGGAAUCUUGACAAGAAUUUAUGAGAAGAGAAUAUAAGAAUGCAUCAAAACAGAAGAAAGAAAAAGAGAGUGAAUUAUGGUGUAAGGACAGUGGAGGUAUUACGAGGAACGAAAGGAUUUGGUUUCACGAUUUCGGGGCAGCAACCUUGUAUACUGAGUUGCAUUGUUCCUGGAAGUCCAGCAGAAAUUGCUGGAUUACGAGCUGGUGAUUAUUUAGUGUCGGUGAAUGGCCAUAAUGUCAGUAAACUGCCCCAUGACGAUGUUGUACAAUUAAUUGGGCGUUCUAAAGGUAUUUUAAGAUUACAAAUAGCAGAAAACUAUUAUUCUGAUUCUUCGGAUGAAGAAGGAGUAACAACAGUACGUUGCAAACCUAAAUACAUUCAUAAACCACGUGCAAGUAAUAUGGGAGCAUUGCAAUUACAAUGUAGAGUCGCUAAAGUUGUAAGAGAUUUACAAAGUGGUGCCAUGUUUGAUGCGACAGGAAAAACAUUAUCAGAAUUACAAAAUCAAGAAACGUAUCAUGAUCUACAUUAUCAUUGGGAUAUGUCUAAUCCUCUUCCACCACCUCCACCACCAGCUUCCCACAAAAGGGAUUCGGAGAAAAUAGUGCACAGAACAGUUGUUGGAUAUCUUGGAACUAUUGACAUUCCAAAUCAAUUGCAUCCAUCCAGUAUGAUGCAGGUUUUGAGGAAAUGCAUCAAACGACUAAAGGCAGAAAAAAGAAAUCCAACUACGGUGCUUUUAACUAUACAUGUGGCAAACAUAAAGCUCACUAAUUCAGAGAAUCGUGUUAUAGCAGAAUAUCCAUCAUACAGGAUAAUAUUUUGCAAUUCAUUUUCUGAACAAGACAAACAAUAUUUUGGUAUAUUGACUAAGUCUGUUAGGGAUAAAGAAAACAUUGUUUCAAAUUCCUGCCAUGUUUUUACAAUUUACUAUAAGUUGAUAGAUCAUACAGUACAUUCUAGCGCUUGUAAUAUAUUCGGAUUUACGUGCACUAAAACUUCGGAAUUAAACGUAUGUCAAGAAUUUCCGGAUAGUUGUAACGGUCUGAUUGGUGCCAUCCAGACUUUGUACAUAUCAGAUUCAACAGCCACCGAUACAAAUUCGUAUAAUGAAACGAGAAGACAUCAAGAAACUGCUUCUCCACAGCCAAGUAAUAUAAGCACCUCCACGGCCCAUUCGAGUAACAGUGAUUCUGGAAUCGGCUAUAAAGACGAUUGUGCAAGCCGUUCGGAUAGAAAUAUCGUACAAAACGUAUCUCAAAGAAGAUGCUGCCUUAAUUCAGAAUACAGAGAUGCACACGAAUAUUCGUCGAGAAGGUACGGUAACGAAAUUACCGAUUUAAAAUUGACGGUUCGAGCUAUAUCGAAACAAGUAAAUCGGAUAAACGCAUGUUGGAAUGAAACAAAUAAGCUGGAUACAUGUAGAAGUAACACAGAAUUAUCUCGUGAGAGCGUUGUCUUUAAUGAUUUUUGCAAUGGAACGAGUGCAUGUACAGAAAUGAUGGAGGAUCACGAGAUGAAUUCCGGUAUACAAAAAGGAACGAAGAGGGGGGAUUUGCCCACCUGUCCAUUGCCAUCUGCUGCUACGGUUAAGCAGGGGUUGGUUAGUUCGUCCGUUGGUUCUCUCGCGUCCGUUUGCACUACCGCGAUGCUGCACGGUAUAGAAGACUCAGUUGAAACAUCGGACGAUUCUAUCGUCAGACCUAAACGAUCGUUAGAUUCAGUGGGAGUAACGGAAUCUGCAGAAAUCGAUACUCGAGACAAGUUUAGUCCAAAAGUUUUUUCGGGCAUUUCCAAAUCUUUAGUGCAUAGUUUCGAAGAUCUUAACACGAAUAUGGAUUACGCUCGACCACUUUGUCAAACGUACUCAGACAAAUCGGAUAAUUCUCGUCCUUGGGGAAGCUUACAGGAAAUCCGGAACAUUGGAACUUACGUGCAAGACACCUGUUUGCACGGUAGUACGGAAUUGUGCGAUAAAAACACCGAUUGCAAAACUAUACAUGCAUGGGCCAAUGGGUUUGAAAAAUUAUUGGAAGAUCCAAAGGGAUUACAAACAUUUGCGGAGUUCUUAAAGAAAGAGUUCAGCCAUGAAAACAUUUAUUUUUGGGCCGCUUGCGAGAGAUAUAAAGACACGAAAGACAUCGUCACUCGACGUAAGUUGGCUAAUCAAAUUUACCAACGUCACUUGUCCAGCACAGCGGCUGAACCCGUAAACGUUGAUAGCCACGCCACUGGCCAAAUAACUCAGGAUCUUCUUUGUGAAGCACCGUCGGAUCUUUUUCUACAGGCACAGAAGCAGGUCUUCAAUUUGAUGAAAUUCGAUAGCUAUCCAAGAUUUUUAAGAUCGGAUUUGUACCGUCGUUGCGUAGAAACAGGAAGUUCCGUGAUAGGAACGGACGAUUGUGAUUUAAAUCUUACCAGUUCCCCUAGUGUAAAAUUAAAGAAGAGUCAUUCGGAUGCAGAAGAUCGAUGUAGAAAAUCUAUUCUCCCUUGGAAUAGGAAAAACAGGUCCAAGUCAAAAGACCGUGGAGAAACCGAAUACAAUAAAACUCCGAGCAGAAACGAAACCAUAUACAAGAGUUUCACUACGAUGAAAAGAGAAGCAGAAGGUAAUAACAAUGACGACAGUAUUUCUAUAUCUAGUAGCAGAUCUUCAUUGGCCUCAUGGGAUUUGGCGUUGAGACAAUCGUUUCACAAACACUCUUUAUCGUCCUAUGAAGGACAGUCGAACGAAACUAGAGAAGUUCGCGCCAAAUGUACCGGGUUGUGUCGGGUAAUAUUGCCCGAUGGAUCGACUACGGUUGUGCCAACUAGCCAAACGGAGAGUAUUAAAGAUGUGGUUACACGACUUCUAGAUAAAAGAGCUCUCCGAUACUCUAACUAUGACGUUCUAAUCCUAGCCACGGACGAGACGAUAGAGACGAAAUAUCCAUCGUCGGUAUUGGCUGGCCAGGAAGUGGAAGUUGUUCCCACGAAAGUAUUAAAAGUAGAGUUACCUUCACGGCGAGUGAUAACCGUGGUCGCGCACAAAGGCAGAACUCUGAAGGAAGUACUGAGACCUCUUUUGAACAAGUAUGGUUUCAAUUUAGAUACGAUCACGGUGUGGAGCGACAAUCGUUCCGUUUGUCCGGAUAUACUAGCCGUCGAUGCUCCGGCUAGGCUAAUUUUGACCAACACAAAAGACGAAGAUCCUCGGAAAGAGCCACGUACCGUCCGUUCAACGAACGAUACGCCGUACACUCAACCUACCUUGGAUGAAAUUACCAACAAGGUAUUCGAAGAGUUGUUAGUGGGCAAAGGUUCUGGCAAACAUCGGUACAAUGAAGGCUCGUCGUGCAAGUCCGACGAUCAACGUUCCGAAGGUUCAUCCAUUUUACCUAGCAAAUUCUUUCUACGAGAUUCUACGAUGCAUGGAAAGAAGAAGGGAAAGUCCAAAUGUAACAACACCAGCGAGAAGGGCAGUACGAGCGACUACAUUUCCGAAGAAACUAGCAAGCCUCAUCCACCUUUGAUAGCAAAGUGGCGGAACGGGGUGAAGUUACAGUUACCCGGAAAAUUUGAUGGCGAAGAUCUGUACGAAGGUUUGAAACGAGCACAAAGGUCUCGAUUGGAAGACCAGAGAGGAACGGAGAUCAAUUUUGAGCUGCCAGACUUUUUAAAGAACAAGGAAAAUGGUGGUAAGCCGACGGAUCGCGAUAAGGUACGAAGAGGUAGGAUAGCGUCAGCAAAUUGCGAAGCAAACUCCAAAUUUUACGGUUCGAUGUACGAACGAGAAAACUGUUGCGGAAAGGAUCAGAAUACGGUCGUAUCGUCGAAGAACGGAGCUGCCGAUGCACGAUUCUAUGUAUCGGUGACGGGAAAGGAGCGUGAAAGCAAGUCUUCGGAGAAUUCGUUCGUGUUGGAUGCAACUUUAACGGACGGAGAUCGGACCAUCGUGGAGAACGGAUCGUGUCGUCGAAUGGGCGCUGGAUUGGAUUCUUCCGAUACCGAAGCCACGUCGCCGGUGAAAUCAUCGAAGCCUCCUCCACUUCCGCCAAAACCGAAAAAUCUUGUAACGAGCGCAACGAAACCUGGUUAUAUCGUGUCCUCGAAAUCUUUACCAAAGUCUAAUCGCACCGCGGUUCCUUUAAGUCCAACCGAGUCCAGUCGGAAAAAUAUUUUUUAACAAAGUCGAACGCGUUACAACUACUUUCGUCUACUCAACGCACAGCAGGAUAGAAACGUAAAUGUUUUCCAGUUUCCGCGAACGCACAUUUGUCCGAGUAUCGUGUACAACGAUCACGCGCGAAACGAGCUUCUAGUAUUAUUUAUUCGGUGUCCGCCUAUCACGGAUUUAGAAUACGAUUUUAUAUCGUAACAACCGGUAAGGGCGCAAGAAUCCGAAACUAUCUUCAGGUGCCUUAGCUUUUUCAAUUAUAUACAACGUACCGUUAAUCAAGAUUUAUACAAUUAUUGUAGACGACGAAUAUUUAUGAUCUUUUUAUAGGAAAACUAUUAGCUGUUCCUGGUUGUACAGGACGUAUAUUUUAUUGUAAUUUAUAAUAGACGAGCGUUGUUAUGGGUAAACGAUGAAAGAGAUAUUUGAAAUUUUAUGCGCAAUAAAUAAAUUAUAUAAACUUUGUUUUA